CGCCUCUUACUUAUGCAUAUAUAAAAGCAUAACAUCACAAAACCAUGGUUCAAGGCUUAGGCACUAUAGACAAUUUAUACAUUGUUCAAGGCCCUGUGGGGUUCAAUUUUGGAAAAAGAACUCAAAGGAUGAGUUCUCUUUUGCUCUGUUUCUCUGAUUCAGUUUGUGUUUUUCUUUCACUUCUCAACAGAACCCUUUUCACUAUCACCAAUUCUGCUGCUGCUACAACCCAUGAAAGAGUUGGAGAAAAGCUUGGAUCCACAGCUAUGGCAGGCUUGCUCAGGAAGCAUGGUGCAUAUCCCUCCUGUGAAUUGCAGAGUUUUCUACUUCCCUCAAGGCCAUGCUGAGCACUCCCUAUCUCCGGUCGAUUUCUCCUCCUCCCCUCGAAUCCCGGCGGUUAUACUAUGUCGCAUCUCCGCUGUCAAGUACCUCGCUGAUUUAGAAACGGAUGAAGUUUAUGCUAAGAUUAGCCUUGUCCCAUUGCCAAAUAGGGAGCUUGAUUUUGGAGAAGAAAUGGGUAUAUGUGAUAAUAGUAAUGUCAAAGGCACAGAGAAGCCUGCUUCUUUUGCCAAGACGCUAACCCAAUCUGAUGCUAAUAAUGGUGGCGGUUUCUCUGUGCCACGGUACUGUGCAGAGACUAUAUUUCCCCGGUUGGAUUACUCGGCAGAUCCUCCGGUGCAGACGGUUAUUGCCAAGGAUGUUCAUGGCCAGAUAUGGAAGUUUAGGCAUAUUUAUAGAGGGACGCCGAGAAGGCAUUUGUUGACUACUGGGUGGAGCACGUUUGUGAACCAGAAGAAAUUGGUUGCUGGGGAUUCAAUCGUGUUCCUGAAAGCUGAAAACGGCGAUCUCUUCGUAGGAAUUCGCCGCGCCAAGCGGGGAAAUGGGCCUGAGUCGUCGUCACCUCCCUCUGGAUGGGCCACAAAUGCGAGUUUUGUUAAACUAUAUGGUGGAUUUUCCCUUUUUCAGAAAGAAGAUGAGAAUAAGGGAACACGAAAUGGGGGACUCAAAGGGAGGGGAAAAGUGAGGCCUGGAGAGGUUAUGGAGGCGGCGGAGCUUGCAGCCAAUGGUCAGCCGUUUGAGGUUGUUUAUUAUCCAAGGGCAAGCACCCCUGAGUUCUGUGUUAAGGCCUCUUCGGUGAUGGCUGCAAUGAGGAUUCAGUGGCGCUCUGGGAUGAGGUUCAAGAUGGCCUUUGAGACAGAGGAUUCUUCACGGAUUAGCUGGUUCAUGGGAACUGUAACCUCUGUUCAGGUUUCUGAUCCCAUUCGAUGGCCAAAUUCUCCUUGGCGGCUUCUCCAGGUGACAUGGGAUGAGCCGGAUUUAUUGCAGAAUGUAAAACGUGUUAGCCCAUGGUUGAUUGAAUUGGUGUCGAACAUGCCAGUCAUCAACCUUUUACCUUUCUCACCACAGAGGAAGAAGUUGCGGCUUUCGCAACAAUUAGACUUUCCCCUUAACGGCCAAUUUCAAUGGCCAUCAUUUUCAGGCAAUCCUCUUGGGCCUAGCAGACCCUUUUGUUGUCUAUCUGAUAACACUCCUGUAGGCAUACAGGGAGCCAGGCAUGCUCAAUUUGGAAUAUCUUUAUCAGCUCUCCAGCUUAACAACAAACUACAGUCAGGGCAGUUUUUGUCCAGUUUCCAGCAGUUCAAUUCACAUUCGAGAAUUUCUGAAAGUUUCAUGAAAGGUCACACAAACAGCUAUGAGAAUUUAUCUUGCUCAUUGACGAUAGGUAACUCUAAUAAAAAUUCUGAGAAAUCUGAAUCUGAUAGUGUAAAGGGGCACCACUUUUUACUCUUUGGUCAACCAAUACUCACUGAGCAGCAGAUUUCUCAUAGUUAUUCCACUGAUGGAGUCUCCCAAGUUCUUAAUGGAAAAUUUUCAUCUGCUGAAAGUCCAGAAAAGCCAAAAAGUUGUGACGUUUUAAGAUAUGCUCCUGAGAAACAAACUUCACCAGAGAAGUCAACCAGUACCGGGUUGUCAUGGCAGAGUCUUCAUGCCACUGAAACUAGCUUGGAUGCUGGUCUGUGCAAGGUUUUCUUAGAAUCGGAGGAUGUAGGUCGGACACUUGACUUAUCUAUUCUUGGUUCCUAUGAAGAGUUGCAUAAUAGGUUGACCAAAAUGUUUGGGAUAGACAGAUCAUAUUCGUUCAGCUGUGUCCUCUACCAAGAUGCAACUGGUGCUGUUAAACAGAUGGGAGAUGAGCCUUUCAGUGUCUUUACAAAAACAGCAAAAAUGUUGACAAUUCAGAUGAAUCUAACUAGCAGUGACAAUAUUGGAAGGCCAUGGAUCACCGGGAUGCGAAACACUGAGAAUGGUCUAGAGUCUUCAAAUAAGACAGGUCCCUUGAGCAUUUUUGCAUAAUAUAAUGUGUGGGAUAUGAGAGUAAAUGCAAGUGCAUUUGCUGGAGGUUGAAGAGUUUUCAGUUGUUGUUGUUGUAUAGAUAGAAGAAACAAGAUAAAGAAUUCCCAUGAGUCUCAUCUCUAUAAAGCUGUUCUGUCAAGAACGUUUCUUAUUAGUGUCGAUGUUUAUUAACGUCACCAUUGUUGUGGUGAAGUUCUCUUUCCUGAAAUCUUGUUUAUUUCUACAGAAAUGGCUAGCAAGUGAAAGCAAGAAAAAAUCUUCUAGUA